AUGCCACUCAUCCAGGAAUCCUACGACCAUCUCCCUUAUGUCGAUACGGAGCUCGAUGCUGGAAGCCUGGCUGCUGCCAGAGCCGUUAUCAACGCCGAUAUCAGGAGCGCCGGCGUAGAUACCUCAGACAUGCACCCAGCGCUUAUACCAGCAGCCGCAAAAUACACACCUACCUUUUCCGACUUCAUCGCACGCGAACAUGCCCGACUUGACGACCACCCUACUUCCAAGCUAUCGGGUGUCGAUCUGAAGCGCUACGAGGAUCUCGAUGCGCCCGAGAACACAACCCCUACCAGCGACGAGGAGAGGCCAGAGCUGCUACAAAGGUGGAACAAGGCGCUGAAGCAGGCCUACACAAGCUCCGAGUACGUCCAGGGCAGGCUGACACAACUGGGCCUGCUGGAGAAGUUUGGCAAGAAUGCGUGGCUAGUGGGCAACUCGCAGUUGGAGGACAUUCUGAAGGGCAUCGAGGCAGAGCUGGCGGAUCUGAGGAAGCAGCAAGAAGAGGCAGAGAUGUUGAGGCAGUCGCAGCAAAACAACGCAAGCGGUGAGAUCAAGACGCUUGAGGAGACAUGGAAGAAGGGCGUAGGCAGAGUGUUGGAGACCGAGGUUGCUGCCGAAGGUUUGAAGUUGCAGAUUCUUGAAAAGAGGAGGGCAGGCGCAGUUUGA